AUGGCCACAAAGCGAGUAACCGCGUCCUCCACAAGGUUGUCUUCAAGACUCACCGCAAAGCCUGAUGCCUCCAACACCAACAUCACAGUCGAGAAAGUCUCCGUCACUUCUUCUGCUACCGUGAAACCCACCAAGUCUGUCAAGCGCAUUAUCCAUGACGACGACGAAGCUGGCGAGGAAGAAGACACCGCCAGUUCUGAAGACAAGGAGGAUGGAGACUUUGCCGGUGGAGCUGCCAAGAAAAAAAAGAAGACCCCUACUGCUACUACCAAAACGGCUACUCCUUCUGCGCUGAAGAAGCAAAAGUCAGCACCAAAGGUUCCUAUUCGCGCCAACUCGCAUACCAACACGACCAUGCCCGGCACUCUGGUCCUCCCCAAGACCCCCGACGGUUGUGUCAAAAUCACCUCCUGGAACGUCUCCGGCCUAAACUCUUCCCUCAAAAAGGGCUUCAAAACGUACAUUACGGCAGAGGACGCAGAUGUGAUCUGCAUCCAGGAACACAAGGUGCAACAACCCCUCCUCAAUCUUGUCGACCCCAAGGUCUACCCCUUCAACUGGUGGGGGUUUGAAGAAAAGAAGGGUUACGCCGGAGUGGCCAUGUUCUGCAAGACCAAGCCUAUCGCCGUCACCGCAGGUUUGCCUACACAUCCAGACCCUGCUUGCACCAAGGGUCGUAUCGUGACACUCGAGUACCCAACCUGUUUCAUCCUUGGAUGUUACGUCCCCAAUGCCGGCCAGGGCCUUGUCCGACUCAAGGAGAGGAUGGUGUGGGAUAAGGCCAUGAAGGCCUGGUUAUUGGAUCUGAAGUCCAAGGGAAAGCAGAUUAUCUGGACAGGAGACCUGAAUGUCUGUCACUUGCCGAUCGAUCUGCGGAACCCAACGACCAACACUGCCAGUGCCGGAUUCACACCCGAGGAACGAGCUGGAUUCUCAGAGAUCCUCGAGGAAGUUGAAUUGGUCGACACUUUCCGAGAGAUCCAGGGGACUGGCGUAGAAGCCGAGGGUCAGUAUUCGUACUUUUCGUAUCGGUUCCAGUGCCGUGUCAAGGGAAUCGGUUGGAGGUUGGAUUACUUUGUGACGGAUCAGCAGAUGUACAAGGAGAGGCUUGUUGAGAGUGUCAUCCGGGAGGAGUGCUAUGGUGCCAGUGACCACGUUCCCGUCGUCUUGGUCAUCAAGGGCGAACUGUAG